AUGGGCUCGUCGCGCGCGAAAGUACGCAAAUACGAUUUUGCCUGCCUCGAGUGCCGCCGUAGGAAGGUCAAGUGCGAUGGACGACGACCCACUUGCGUCAACUGUACGCGGUCAAGGGCGACCUGCCAUUAUAGAGACCAGUCAGUCUUUGUGUCGCGUCUGGCUGAUGAGCUGCAACUAUGCAAGGCGCGCGUGCAAGAAUUAGAAAACCAAAUUGAAGAAUUGGCAACUCUCGAUUCGACUGCAAGAGACAGCCGCCUUACAGAGCUUGUCCUUCAGCUGCGACAGCGUCAAUCGGAUAACCAUGCUCGGCAGUCGAUGGAGCUCAGUCCUUCGCCGGCUGAGCACGAUAGACUGGCUCUACAUGAUGAGAUUUCGUUUGACGGCGGUGCCAUUGACAGCCUCGACGUGGAAGGGAGACAACAAUACUUUGGAGCGACAUCUCGAUUCCAUGCGCUCUCAGAUGGCCGGGCGCAAGUCGCUGAGCAAUCAGAUACCCAAGCCACUGAAAUCCAAGAGAUGGAGGUUUAUCACAAAAAGUGGUUGCAUUCUAAUGCGCCCUUCCAGGAAUCUUGGGAGAGAACAGCGUAUACUAACAUUCAUCUCUACACGGAAGCUGAUCCCGUUACUUGCUCCAGCCUUCUGAAGGUGUAUUGGGCAUGGCAGGCGCCUCUUCAUAACUAUGUCUAUAGACGACUCUUCUUCCGCGACAUGGCCCUCGGAGGGCCCUACUUCUCCAAAUUCUUGCUCAACGCGAUCCUGGCGCACGCAUGCCGACAUAUGCCAGACAAUGACCCUAGGUUUGCACCUUUUGAGAGGGGAGAAACGUUCCUACAACAAGCGAUGCUGCUUCUGAUUGACGAGAUGAAACAAACCAGGCCUAGAGUACCGACCAUCCAAGGUCUUCUAAUCCUGGGUGGCAGACAAUGCGCGGUAGGUAAAAGUAGCGAGGGCUGGCUAUAUACAGGAAUGGCCAUUCGAAUGAUCACCGACCUUGGGUUACACCUGAAGAGAACCAAGUUUAGUAUGAGGAAUAUGGAGCCGGACGAUCUCGAAGUACGAAAGCGACUAUACCUGUCUGUGUUUGCGUGGGAUAAAUCAAUCAGUCUCUGUCUAGGACGUCCGCCAUCCUUAAGAGACAUGCCUUAUACACCGUCGUCGCUAUUCGACGAAUCCGACGAGGAGGACAUAUGGCAGCCGCCACACCUGCUAGAGACAGACAAAAUCUACCCCCCGACAAAGUGCCACAGCACAGUGACAUUCCAGUAUUUGUGUAAACUUGGAGCGAUUAUAAACGAGAGCUACAAUACUGUAUACAGCGAGGACGUUCGCAACAUUAACCCUGCUGCGAUAUUCAGACUUGAGAAGAAGCUUCGUUGUUUCCACGAGCAGCUGCCCAGCUUUCUCCGUGUGGAUGAUGCGGCAAACCUGCAAUCUUGCGUCCCACCUCAUAUCCUGUGCUUAAAUAUCCUCUACCAUACGAUCCUAAUAUUGAUCUACCGGCCGUUUUUCACUUGGAGAUGGGAAGCAAAAUUGCGCGAACAUCCCCUCGCACUGCGGGCACAGGAGGUCUGCACAGAACAGACCAUGGCCGUCAACGAACUCUUCCGAACAUACGGGAGGCUGUUUGCGUUUCAGUACCAGAGUUACCUGGUGUCCUACUGUGUCUACACAGCGGCCACUAUUGACGUCCGUCUUAUGCAGCACGAUGAGAAAACAGUUGCCGACAUGGCCGCGGGCCGCUUAACAAUCACCCUGCAAAUGCUCGAAACGGAAGUCAAACAAACCCCCGGUAUUAAGCGGAGUGUAGAGAUUAUCCGUUCGCACCUUGGUCCCCAGUGGUCUUCUGAGACGCAAAUCCCGCAUACCACACUGUCACAGGGGAUGGAGCUGUCGGAUCAUGUACAGGAUGCUACAAUCGAGAGCACUCAGCACCCGUUGCACACACCUGUGUCUACGGUGGAGGAGCAAAACGUGUACAACCCAGCAGAGAACAACACCGGAGCUGACCCGCUGGAGUCAGGACUGUGGGAAAGCAUGCAAGGGAUGAUGCACUCUGAACUGGAGCUGGACCCAGCCUCCCUGGGGUGGUAUUUGGAUGAUUUUGGCGGGGGAUUUGUGCCGGACAUGGCUUAUUGCAGUCCCUUCGGACAGCAAUUCCAGUAA